AUGCGAGAUACAGCCCUGCCUGCGAGACCGGCCCGCGCGGGGCGACCGAACUCUUCCGACAGUGAUCAUGAGGAGGACAGCUCUUCAGAGAGCUCCAGUGAUAGGGAGGAGGAUGAAGAGGAGGAAAGCAGCGAUGAACAGUCUGAAUCAACUAGCGCCUCCGUUCUCGCACCGUCCGGCAUUACCUAUGACCUCAGCCAACUGGAUUCCGAGUCUGAAGCCAGGGCCUUUGUGGGAUUGACCGGUCGUUUUGAUGUCGUCAACUGUCGCUCUACUCCCGCUGGAUAUGACUUUCAGCUGUCGGAUCGGCCACAGGUGCACAUUGGCUCCGACUCAUCUACCUGCACUUGCCCAGUCUUCCAGGAUCGACCGGACGGGGCGUGCCAGCACAUCUUUUGGCUUGUCGACCAACUGCACAGCUGUUUCCUCCCCGCGCCUCGGUCGGCUGAGGUGACACUAGCUCCAGACGGACGUCCGGACCGCCUCCCUCGCAUUGAGGACCUCCUGAAGGGUAAUCUGAUGUCGGUUGCAGCGCAGCUAAAGUGGCAGUGCCUGCGAGACGAGGAGGGUGGAAUGACGCGGACAGAAAGGGUUCGGGACAUCUUCUCUGCAUUCAGCAAACGGACUCUCCCAGAAGAUACCCGUCGGGACUUGACAGAGACAAUUGAGCAAGCAAGAACGGCAGAACAGUGCGUGGUCCAAGGAGAUUUCGAGGCAACAAUGUUCCGACUUGCAGUGCACGACGACGCAGUUUUCAACAGCCUCUGCAAGGCGAUGCCCCCAGGAGCAUGUGCGGCCAUCUACUUCGACAAAGUACAAGACCAAUCACGCCGAUUGCUAAACGACUUCGACCGAUACUGCACAACCGGCGAGUUGCCCGCAGACCCAGUAACCCCAGGCCUGGGCAUAGAGGUCGACGACGUUGUAACACAGCUCCAGCGUUCUGUGUCCCGGAUUGCAGCCAACAUCACAGCCCGUGCACCGCACGGCUCGGAAGGCGCUGCCGAAGCCCUCGUGUCACUCUUGGAGUCGGUGGUGGCUCGCAAUAAUGAUCCCCUUGAAGGCAACCCCCUGGGCCGCCAGUCCUUCCAUGGCGAAGAUGAGGACCAGCGCAAUCUGUAUCAUUUGCUCAUCGGGUCAGUCGAAUCGGACUCCGAAACAGACGCGCGGCACUUUGUCCUCAACGCGCUUGAUGCCCUGCCGCCGGUGGACCUCCACCAGUGCGCCAACCGUCUACGCGACAUCCUUCGCAAGAUCGAAGUCAACCGUGCUCCAAAGCCAUAUCUUCUACAUCUGGGAGCGUUGAUUCGUACCGCCGAAUCUGCCACUGGCGCUGCUGGAUCUGGACAGAAGCGACCGGCGGCUGGGAAUGGGAAUCCUGGGGGAUACUCGAAACGAACCCGCUGA